CUUGUUGCUAACAACAGCUAGCAUCCCGUCUCUCUCCGGUGUCUCUCCGGUGUCUCUCUCCGGUGAACCCUCCGGUGACGGCUCCACAGCCAUGGCUCUCCCGGUGCAGCUCCGGUCCAUCCAGCACCACCUCCGCACCGCCACGGAGCACGAGGCCCGGGACCCGGUGGUGGCGUACUACUGUCGUCUCUAUGCUAUGCAGUCGGGCAUGAAGCUGGACAGUAAAACACCCGAGUGCCGAAAGUUCCUGAUCAAGCUCAUGGACCAGCUGGAGUCGAUGAAGAAGGAGAUGAGUGACCAUGACUCCAUCACUCAGGAGGUCGUUGGCAACGCCCACAUCGAAAACUACGCCUUAAAGAUGUUCAUGUACGCCGACAACGAGGACCGGGGGGCUCGAUUCCACAAGAACAUGAUCAAGUCUUUCUACACAUCCAGUCUCCUGCUGGACGUCCUGUCUGUGUUCGGGGAGCUGUCAGAGGAGAACAUCCAGCACAGGAAGUACGCCCGCUGGAAGGCCACCUACAUCCACAACUGUCUGAAGAGCGGCGAGACGCCUCAGUCCGGGCCCAUCGCCAUGGAGGGCGACGAGGAAGCAGACGAGUUUGGAGCUGCAGGUUCCUCCGGCCUCUCGCAGGGCGGAUCCUUCAGGGGAGCUCCUCCUUCUUCUCAGUCCUUUGACGACCAGGGUUCAGAUCCAGGUCCGGCCCCCGGGUUCGGCUUCACUCCGGGUCCAGGACCAUCGGCACCAUCGGGUUCUGGCUCCAUCAACUACAACAACGUGCACAUCCCCCCCGGGGCCCACGCACCGGCCAACACUCCAGCCGAGCUGCCUCCACCCGCAGCAGAAGGAGUGAAACCAGUUCCUCUGCCUCGCUCGGUGCCGGCUGUCGACCCGGCGCUGCUCAACGCCCAGCAGCAGGGCGGGGUCCACCUCACCCCGGAGGACUUCACCAAGGCUCAGAAGUUGUGUAAGUACGCGGGCAGCGCCCUGCAGUACGAGGACGUCGGCACGGCGAUCCAGAAUCUCCAGAAAGCUCUGAAACUUCUCAUGACCGGCAAAGAAUGAAGCCUUUGUCCUUCUCCAAUCUGAUCCCUCCAUCAUCCAGCCCUCCUCCAUCCCCCUCUUUUCUCUAGAGCAGCGCCGCUGAUGUGGCCCACAGCGACACAAACACACACACACACACACACACAC